AUGGCGGACACACGCAGAACUAUGGCAGACACACGCAGAACUAUGCCGGACACAGGCAGAACUAUGCCGGACACAGGCAGAACUAUGCCGGACACAGGCAGAACUAUGCCGGACACAGGCAGAACUAUGCCGGACACAGGCAGAACUAUGCCGGACACAGGCAGAACUAUGCCGGACACACGCAGAACUAUGCCGGACACACGCAGAACUAUGCCGGACACACGCAGAACUAUGCCGGACACACGCAGAACUAUGCCGGACACACGCAGAACUAUGCCGGACACACGCAGAGCUAUACCGGACACACGCAGAACUAUGCCGGACACAUGCAGAGCUAUGCCGGACACACGCAGAGCUAUACCGGACACACGCAGAGCUAUACCGGACACACGCAGAACUAUGCCGGACACAUGCAGAGCUAUACCGGACACACGCAGAACUAUGCCGGACACACGCAGAACUAUGCCGGACACACGCAGAACUAUGCCGGACACACGCAGAACUAUGCCAGAAAGAUAG